AUGAUUGGCUCGAAUGGUCGAAAUGGACGCUCCGGAAAAUACGUACUACCACCGAAGAAUGACGAUCUAUCGUGCCAGAAGUGCCCAACAGCCCUCCAAGGCCCACCAGGCCAUCCCGGCGUCAAGGGCCCACGUGGAAACCCGGGCAACCAUGGCACAGACGGGCGUCCUGGUGUCCCGGCACGAAAGGGCCCACCUGGACCCCCAGGAGUUCGCGGACCGCCUGGGGAGAUUGGAAUGCAGGGACCUCCCGGUGAUCCUGGCCGCGUCCUAAACGGUGCCCCGCCCGGUCAACCCGGUCAGCUCGGACAUAUGGGACCUCGUGGAAAGCCUGGAGCUAAUGGAAAUGAUGGUCGCUCUGGUGGCGCAGGCCCGGCCGGACUCCGCGGUGACCCCGGACAGCGCGGUUCCGAUGGACAACGAGGUCUUCCAGGGCCGACUGGACCCCCUGGAUCUCCCGGAAUCCAAGGAAACUCAUACGAGCAAAAUACACCUACUAAGAGCGGCUACGAGCAGGAGGAGCAAGAGGAGGAAGAGGAGGAACAACAGUACGAGCCAAAGCCGACUGCCGCUGGUGGGGCCAGCGCCGCCUCUUUGAGCUACGACAACUCGGUCCCGUCCGUCCAACCGCCACAGGGAUCUGAGUAUGCCCGAGCACGAGCUCACGCUCGCUCCCGAGCGCACGCGAUCCCGAGCCGAAUCCCCGCCAACUUUGCCAACGAGCCGCCGGCCUAUUUGGAACCGAUGAGCCGUGCUCAUGGCACACCGAACUACGGUAUCCAACCCCAAGCCUCGUACCAGCGCACCGCCUCCGACUACGGUUUUGGAGCUGUGGGUUAUCAGAAUACGAGCCCUUACCAGAAAAUCUCUAAAAUAAUGGUGGCUCUCCUCGCGAUCUCCAUUGCCGUCGCACUCCUAUGGCCAUCGACGGAGCAACAGCUGGCGGCAUCGGAAGCCCAGGAAAAGGAAAAGUUCAAAAUGAAGCUGAUGAACCAGCUGAAGGGAGCGAUGGGCAACUCGAAAAAGUGCGAACAAAUCGAGGAUAAAGAAGAGCGGGCAGCUUGUUUCGAGAAACUGAUGGACGAUAUGAAGAAAAAGAUGGAAAUAUUGCGUUCCAGAAAGGAGGCAGCUGGGCAGAGUGAUAAGACCCUCCAAGACGCCUUCCAAAAAGCCGACGAACUCAGCAAGCACAUCGACCCAUCGAAGAUAAAUUUCGGCAAAUCCAAAAGUGAAUUG